CAUUCUCCUGGGUACUGGGGGAACGGCCAGCGGUGGCCAGGUUGAUUACUGUUUGGGGAGCAUGGACUCGCUAGACACUUUCUCGCACAAUUCUGAGGUUGCUGAUAUUUUCGUUUUCGUCUCUGCUUUACAGAUAAGGAAAGCGGUGCUCUAAGAGGGAAAGUGACUCCCCCACUUUUAGUGGGUUUCAGGCAGACAGAUGCGGCUUAGGAGACAGAUAAACCUGGCCUGGGGUGGCCUCCUGGCUCCCCCACUCAAAUACCUAAAACUAGGGGCUUCAAUGAUUGUUACGAUUACGUGGCAGAGCCCACUCGACUGGAGGCCCAGGAUCCUCGAGCUAGGGCUCUCCCCCUUGUCUUCCCCAAUGCAGUGAGGGCAGCUCCCCAGGCCUCAGCAGCCAGGGUGCUGGGACCCUGCCUCCCAAGGCUCUGGGCUGCCCUCUGGGAGGUGGGGUUCAGGCCAAGGAACCCAACCCCACGCCCCACCCCAUCAAGCUUAGGAAGGGUGCCUGGAGGGACGCGCUGAGAGACAGCACAUCAAGUUUUACAGAGAUGCACACAAGAGUCCUUGAAGCCGCACAUUAAACAUAUACCUCUUCCUGGAGCGCCAGUUUCAAAUAUUUAGGGUCUGGACAGGUAGGGGAAGUAGGCAAUUUAAAAAUUGUUUCACACUGAAACAAACAUGAAAGUAUCAGAAAGUCAAAUGAAAAAGCAGCCUCCAUUUUGAAGGUGAAACGUCUAUGCCCAGAACCCGGAGUGCUAGCUCUCUCAUCCUUCCUUUAUCACGGUUGGGGCACUCCCGGGAGGACUCAAUACCUGCUCCGGGACUCUCCCCUUCACUGUGUUGUCAUUGAAGGGUGGAGACUCAGGUCACAGAGCCUGGAGGCGGCAAAGCCAAGAUCUUCACCCAUUGACCCAAGCCCUCAGGCAGUUGCCACUGCACAGACCUGCUGCCUCCCCACCCACUGAGACACCAGCUGAAGAAGCCACAGACCCCUCUCAUAUAGGGGAGAUGUGGCUGUGGCAAGUCUCAGGCCAGGCAAGAAAGAGGGUGGAUGGUAACCACGGGGAGGACCCCUGCCCUGGGCUUUCAAGGGUCCAUGGGCGGGGUGCGAGCCUACCUCCAGAGGAACAGUCUUAGGGUGUAUUUGGCUCUGAGGAGCCGGAAGAUACUGAAUCCUGCUCAAAUCAAAGGAUGUUUGCUGAAAAGACCCAGCGCACCAACUCGGGGGCAGCCAAGGGCAGUAGGGAAAUGGAAGGUGGGGCUCAGGGCUCCGUCACCUCCACUACCCACCAGCCUUCUCUGCGUCUUCCUGCUUAGCUUCGUCUUAGUGUGGACCUGCCAGUGACUCUGCCACUUUCCAGUUUGUGUCCCCAGCCCCCUCUUACUUUCUCAGCCUGUGUCUUAAAGUCUGGAGAGGGGUCUGACCAGCAUAGCCCACCUAUGCAUGCUGGGUCUGGUGUCUAGUCUUGUAUAAUCAGUAGGGGUCCUGAGAAGGGGUGUGGGUGAGAGGACAGUCAUGUCCAGUGCCGGGCCCCAGAGUAAGAGUCUGGUAAUCAGAGGCCCUCCCUUGGGGACUGGGGACCAGGUUUGUGUCUAGCCUGUGUUUAGAUCUAUGUGAGUCCAGACGAGCCACUUCCCCUCUCUCAGCCUGUUUCCAAACUCACAGCUAUGGAUGGUGCCUUGGGUUCCAUCACAUGUUCAUGGCUGUGAGCUAGCUCAUCAUAAAUCACAGAUAGGGAAACUGAGGCCCCAGCAGCAAAGUGAGUUGUCUAGGGACAUGCAGCAGCAAGAGGAGAGGCCCAUCCCACAGCUUCCGCAGCCUAGUUGCUGGAAAUGGGUUCUCCCCUACUGGUGCUUCCCAGGGCCCCUCCCUGCAUCAAUUGCUUCCCCCAGCAGAGGCCUGAGUCCCUGAAGGGUAGCGCUCAGAUCUGAGGGAUUUGGGGAGCCUGUGGGCCAGGGCAGGCUGCUCUGGGCUUCUGGAUGGAGCCAAGGAGCCCACUGCUGCCCUCCAUGAAGCUGGGCGCCCCACCCUCCACUCUCCCUCAAGGGAAUAUCCUGUGGAGAGCCUUACUGCCUGAAGGUCAAGGCCAGUUAGAAACUGGCCCUCUGGAGCCAGAUAAACCUGGUCUAAAUCCCCUGCCACUCCUCAAGCCACACAACUCUGGGCACUUUGCUUCCUCCCCUGACCGAGCUCUCUGUCGGCACCCACCUCCAGGGGUAACCAAGUAGAGUGGAUGGGAUGGAGCCCUCAGUCCCUGGCAGCCAGUGGUGUUAGAUCUUUCUGCACCCUGGCCCUUCUGGGUUCCUAUCUGGGAUCACCUGCUGGGUCACCUGCUUUGGGCUCCGCCCUCAGCCUGCCCUCCACCCCAGCCCUCUCCAUCCCACCAAGGCCCACCCUGCCCUCAUCCUGGUUAAUCCUCAUUCCUCAUAGUCCACCCCUCACCAGGUGGGGCAGGUGGGAGCCGCUUUGUGACAGUCUUGGAAGAAGUGUAGACACAUUUUCACUGCCCAAUACUCCCCGCCAGCUUAGCUCUGAAAAGGUCAGGGUGUUUACUACAUUUUAAAAUUAUUAUUGUUUUUUAUUAAAGGGAACACUGGAAAACUGACAAAAUCCCACAAAGAAUAUAACCCUUAGGCGGCCCUGAUUCCUCCUCUUCAGGAAACGCGGACGGAAGGGGGCUGUUCUCUUGGCGGGCUCAGUUUCCCUCUCCUAACCUCUCCUGGAGAAACUCUGUCUAAAUACCCCCGUAUUUUGGUCCUUGGCCUGGAAAUCCCCUGCCAUACAGUUUGGGUUUUGCAGCAGUGAUAUGCAUGCUCCAGCGGGUGUCAGAAUCACCAGAGACAAAUGUAAAAAUGCAGAUUCCCGGGCCCACCGGAGCGCGUCUCAUUCAGCGGGUCUCGGGUGAAGCUGGGAGUAUUUCAUCCGCGUGCAAUGAUUGUGGUGCGAGUUGGGAGACACUUGCAGCCAUUCCGUAGCUUGACCACCAGAGGGCGCCUCGAACAGGGCUAAUUGGUCGCCCUUUGAGGUCUUCCUCCAAACGGGUUGCUGUCAUCAAGGACUUGUUGGUCAGACAACAGGCUAGGGGUGAGCCGUGUCCUAGUGGGCAGGAGCUUCCGCAGGGAAGAAAGCUCAACGUCAGGAAAGAGGCUCGCAGCCGGCACUGAGCACCUGGCUGGGGUGGGCAUUCUGCCUUGGUUCUUGCGCACCUGGACUCCAGAGCUGAGAAGCCAGGGCCCAGCUGGAAUCCGGAUCAGCCUGUCCUGCUCUGGAGCUCGUUGUUUACGCAAACCUGAGCUCAGAGAGCAUCCUGUUGAUCAGAUGGUAAAGCCUAGACCCAGGCAAGGGCAAAGGCUUAGUGGCGGCUGCCUUACCUCCCAGCCCACGUAGGGCUCUUUGUCCUGCUAGGGCUGGGGACUGGGGGCAGAGGGUGGAUCCUAGGAAUUCCAGCUAUGAGUCAGCUCUGAGUGCCCAGGGAAUGGGACAGGGGCUGCUGGCCGGGGAGUGGAUGUUGGUAGGCAGUACCCUGUUUCCGCAGCUGUGGGUGGCCCUGGUGAUUCAGCUUCCCUCUGCCCGCCCAGAGGGGGCCCGCCCUGGGCUGGGAGAGGGGGGAGGUGCUGAGACUAGGGAGGGGCGAUGGAGGGGCCUUUAAGCGACCCGGUAGUCCAACUCUUCUGGAUGCUGAGGUCUCACGGGAUAACUGUGGCCAGAGACCAGGUGGUCCCGAGACUGGUCCUGGGUUGGGGGCUCCCAAGGGGCGAGGUCCUUGAAGAUGGAGUGAGCCUCCUGUGAGGCUGGGAGUUUUCAUUGGGUUCUCUCAGAAAGACACUCCAGUAUCUCCCGCCCUGUGUUGGUCUCUAUUCGGGGUUGGCCUUGGUGCUGGGUAGGGAGGGGCCUGAUCCCCCGCUGGGGGAAGUGGGGACAGAGAGGCUGACCACUCCAGCUAGGGGGGCUCUUCUGCUGGAGGGAAGGCUAAGCCGAUGGAGGAGGGGCUGCGAGCGGGCGGCGUGGGGGCGGGGCGAGACAUGCCUCCGGGCUCCGGGGGUGGGCGGGGCCUGGCCAGGGGCGGCGCCAGGGGCUCAGCCCAACUUUCCGGGUGGGGCGCGGGCGGCGGCGGUGGAGGCGGGGCUGAGCGCGCUGGGCCGCGCCCGCCGGCCCGGCCCGGGCUGGAGCUGGGCGGGAGCAGCUGCCGGAGCCGCAGCGGCAGCCGGAGACGCAGCCUAAACCGCUGGGAGCUGGAGCCGGAGCCGGAGCGCAGGCCCUGCCGGAGCCGAGCGGAGCCGAGCCGAGCUCGCCGCCUGAUAGCGACUGGAGCGCGGGCCGAUGUGUCAUCCAGCCGCAGGGCCUGGGCACUGUCGGAGGAAGCGAGCCGCGACCGCCGGGCACCACUGGGCGCGGGAAUCCGCAUCGCCCCUGCCAGGUCUGGGCACGGCCUGAACACGCAGGAGGUCCGAAGAGAAAAAGGAAGGAGGAUUCCAUCUCAGCGCUGCGUGGGCACUGGGCAGUGAGAAGAGUGGAGAUUUCACCUGGCACUGGGCAGAGGUGCCCGGAGCUUACUAGGCCAGGCUCGAGCAUCAGAGCCUGGCAUCCCCACGGGAACGACCUGGGCUCUGCCCUGCUUGAGCCGGGAACCCAGUCAGCAUAGCUCCUGGACCUCGGCUGGCACAGGCCUGGCACAAGAAGCAGUGCCCUCACCUGUCUGAGACCUGGCCAGGAUCUGAGGGCCCAGGAUCUGGCCUACCCCAAACUGGGGCUCUCUGGUGGCCCAGAGCUGGUCACUGGAGAGCACACCUCCUGCCCCAGCCCCACUGGUACGGAUGUGCCGCUGCUGGCUGGAGCACCAUGAUGGCAGGAUGACCUCAGCUGAGGCAGUGGCAGUGGCUGACAAUGCUCGGGUGGCUGGUUCCCCCGAGUGGCCCCUUGAUGCCCCCCAGGCCCUUGGGCAGCCUGGCAGGGCCCGGGUGGCCAUGGCAGCACUAGUGUGGCUGCUGGCGGGAGCCAGCAUGUCGAGCCUCAACAAGUGGAUUUUCACAGUGCAUGGCUUCGGGCAGCCCCUGCUGCUCUCGGCGCUGCACAUGCUGGCGGCAGCAUUGGCAUGCCACUGGGGGGCACAGCGCCCCAUGCCCGGUCGCGCCCGCCGCCAAGUGCUGCUGCUCAGCCUCACCUUCGGCACCUCGAUGGCCUGCGGCAAUGUGGGCCUGAGCGCGGUGCCCCUGGACCUGGCACAGCUGGCCACCACCACCACGCCACUGAUCACGCUGGCCCUGUCGGCGCUGCUGCUAGGCCGCCGCCAUCACCCACUGCAGUUUGCCGCCAUGGGCCCACUCUGCCUGGGGGCUGCCUGCAGCCUGGCUGGUGAGCUCCGGACACCCCCUGCUGGCUGUGGCUUCCUGCUGGCGGCCACCUGCCUCCGUGGCCUCAAGUCCAUUCAGCAGAGUGCCCUGCUGCAAGAGGAGAGGCUGGACGCGGUAACCCUGUUGUACGCCACCUCGCUGCCCAGCUUCUGCCUGCUGGCGGGUGCGGCCCUCGUGCUGGAGGCUGGUGUGGCACCGCCACCCGCUCCCACUGACUCCCGCCUCUGGGCCUGCAUCCUGCUCAGCUGCCUCCUGUCUGUGCUCUACAACCUGGCCAGCUUCUCCCUGCUGGCUCUCACCUCUGCCCUCACUGUUCACGUCCUGGGCAACCUCACUGUUGUGGGCAACCUCGUCCUGUCCCGGCUCCUGUUUGGCAGCCGCCUCAGCACCCUCAGCUACGUGGGCAUUGCACUCACUCUUUCAGGAAUGUUCCUUUACCACAACUGCGAGUUCGUGGCCUCCUGGGCUGUCCGCCGGGGCUUCUGGAGGAGGGACCAACCUGGCAAGGGUCUUUGAGACCUGGGGGAGGGCAUGAGCCUCCUGGGGCAGCCCCAGCCUGAAUCCAGCCUCGGCCAGUGGCCAUGGGAAAAAUGGAGAGCAGGUAGCUGCUGGGGCCAGCAAGGGAGAGGGGCCUUCUGGAAGGGCCACCUUGGAGGCUGGAAUGGGACUCCCAGAGAGACCCACCUCCUGUCCCUGCCCUGUCUCUCCUUAUCACAGACCCUACUCACCACUGGAUGGUGGGUCCAAGCCUGGCACAGUCACUGUGCUUGUCGGAGUAAUUAUUGUGAUUACCAUCAACUACUACACUGAAAAUUGCCGGCCAAACUUUGGAAACCUCACCGUGUUCUGAUGGCGACAACGAUGAUUCUUGGCGGUUGCACAAUCCUUCCUCCAGGAAGUGGGGGAGGCAGCUAGGGGGCCCAGGGAAGGGCUUCUUUGCUUCUGGGUUCCCCCCGGGGAAUUGGGGUCAUCUGGGCCAACUCCAGGCAGCUGCUGUGGCCUAACCCCUGGGCCCCCCAAUUUUGGGUCUUCCAUCCUCAAAUAAACUAUUUUUGCUUGUA